AUGGGUAGUUCUUCGUCAAAAUUUAAAAAAUAUUUACAACAUGGUGAUGAGUUCGCAGCUAUGCAAGUAUUUCAAAGUUCACCGGAAUUACGAAAAAAUUUGGAUCCAAAUUUAAGUUAUGGUGAACAUCAUUCGCACAAUACAGCCUUACAUUAUGCAGCCAAACAUGGAAUGAAACAUUUAUUACGAACGUUUUUAAUUGAUUUGGGUGGUAAUCCAAAUAAGAAAAAUGGUUUGAAUGAAACGGUUUUACAUACAGCGUGUCAAUUAGAUGAACAAAAAAAUUCAUUUAGCGCACAAGAACGACGUGCAACAUGUGUCACUUUAUUAUUACAGUGGAAAGGUGUUCCAUUAAAUAGCGGUGGUCGUGAAAAAGUUGAUAUUAAUGCACAAGAUCAUGAUGGAAAUACAGCACUGCAUUGGGCAGCAGCAACUGGGUUAAAGCGUUGUGUUGAAUUGUUAGUUAGCCAACAAAAUGCUGCAUUAUUUAUUGAGAAUAAUGAAAAAAUGACACCAUGUGAUUUAGCAAUGAAAAGUAAUCAUCACGAUAUUGCACGUUUGUUGGAAGCUCGAAUGGUUUUUGCUGAUAACAGUGAUGCAGUGAACGAAGAUGAAUUUGGAUAUGAACAAGCUGACCAAGAAGUGUACAGUGGACUACGAACACAAGACUUACAAGAAGCUAAAGAUCAAUUAUUAGUAGAAACAUCGGACAUGUUACAUAUACCAUUAUUUACUGCCGAAGCCUUAUUACGUGACAACGAAUGGUCACGAGAACUAUUACUAGAAAAAUGGAUGAAAGAUCCAGUUCAAUGUUGUUCAUUAGCAGGUGUACAAGCUCCAGCGUCAGCCUUACAACAAGCUGGAACUGUCGAAUUAACAUUAAAUUCUCCACAAAGCUCAUUUGAAAAGAAUGACAACGAACGUAGUAUUGAAAUUAGGCCCGAUAUCGUAUGUGAAAUAUGCUUAACAAAUUUACCAAUAUGGGACCAACAUAUAACAAUGUCAUGUAAACACAAUUUCUGUUCAUAUUGUUGGGAGCGUUAUUUAAAUUUAAAAAUUGAAGAAGGUGAUGCCCAUCAUAUUUUAUGCCCAGCAUAUCAGUGUCAUAUUUUAGUACCUGUUGAAUUAAUUGAAAAACUUGUUAGUCCAGAUAUGGCAAAACGUUAUUUACAAUUUGAUAUCAAGGCAUUUGUUGAAAGUAAUAAAUCAAUAAAAUGGUGCCCAAUGGCGGGUUGUGGACGAGCUGUACGAUUACCAGAGACUGAACAAUCGCAACCGAAUAAUUUUUUACCAAAUAAUAUAAAUGAUCUCAAUUUUAAACCACCGCCGGCUACUUCGCAUGCUGUCGAUUGUGGAAAUUCACAUUUCUUUUGCUGGGAGUGUUUAGGUGAAGCACAUGCACCAUGUGGAUGUAUACAGUGGCAACAAUGGCAACAAAAAAUUGCAGAAAUAAAACCAGAAGAAUUGCGUGCAAAUUGUGAUGAGAGUGAAGCUGCAGCAAAUUGUUUAUGGCUAGUGACAAAUUCAAAACCAUGUCCAAAUUGUAAGAGUCCCAUUCAAAAAAAUGAAGGUUGUAAUCAUAUGAAAUGUUCAAAGUGUAAAUUUGAUUUUUGUUGGGUAUGCCAAGAAUCAUGGAAACGUCACAGUUCGGCAACUGGUGGUUAUUUUCGAUGUAAUCGUUUUGAGGCUGUGAAUAAAGCUGAUGAAAAACAAGGAAAUUUAAUUACGGCAGCUGUGGUACGAAAUUCUCAAUUGGAGGAAUUAACUAGAUUCUUGCAUUAUUAUACACGGUUUCGUAAUCAUGAAAAUAGUCAAAAAUUAGAAGAACCAUUGUUAACAGGCGUUCAACAGAAAAUGGAAAUUUUAGCAAAUGCAUUAAAAGGAUCAGAAGAGUUUAGUGAAAAGGAUAUGAAAUUCGUUGAAGAUGGUGUUCGAGAAUUGUUAAAAGCACGUCGUGUUUUAUGUGGCUCCUACGUUUAUGGAUAUUACCUAGAAGAUAAUGGUUACAAUAAAACCAUUUUCGAAUUUAUGCAGAAUGAAUUAGAAGAAGUCACUGAGAAACUAUCAGAAAUAAUUGCUAGACCGUAUUUACGAACACCAAAGGCUGUUAUCAUGCAAACAACAGCUCUAGCCAGACGUAAGCGUCAUGAAUUUGUACGUGCCGUAUCCAAAGGAUUAAUUCCACCAGAAACUCCUCCAUCCUUAAGAAAACCGGAAAUGCAUAGAGCUUUGGAGGCAUCGCUAAAACAAUUAGAUGCGAAUAAUGCGUGGUUAAAAGAAGCACAUGAACGUCAUCAAAAUUCUUUAGACCCAUACGAUUGGCCAGAUUACGAUUCUGACGAAGAAACAGGGGUGAAUCAGGCACUAGCCGUGAGUAUUCUUGGUGAAUGUAAACGUCGUGGAUGUAAAAAACCACGUGCGCGUAAUCCACGUAACGGUGUUAUUCAUCAAUAUUGUAGUUUACGAUGUUGUAAAUACGAGACUACCGAAAUUUAUCGAGUUCCUAUAUCAACUGAUUAUAAUAUGGAUUUAGUAAUUGCCCUAGAAAUGUCACGUUUACAAAUGAUAGAGGAUCGAAUGAGGAAAGUAAGCGAGGAUAGUUUAGAUCGAUCGAUUGUUGAUGUUUUGGAAAAUUUAAAUGAUAGUACUAAUCGACCUGGUACCAGUGAAGCAUUUGUACGAAAUUCGAAAAAUGAAACUGCAUUAGAUGAACAACUGAAACUCGCAAUACAAUUAUCAUUGCAAGAAACAGUAGCAAAUUCAAGCAAACCACAUACAGAAUCCGUAAGUACAUCAACACAAGCGCCUGAACCAAACACAACACUAGAGCAUAGAGAUUCCAUUCGGCGACAUCACCAAAAGAAUGAAACCACAUCUUCAUCAACAAAAUCCAUAAAACAUUCACCGAAGAAAGAUUCAUCAGAUAUUUGUAAAGUAUGUAAAAAUUCAGUAGAGAACUGUUCUCGAAGUGAUAAUAAUUCGUCGACCACUAAAUAUAAUAAUGAAAUAAAUACUCAUAAUUUAGCAUGUCAUACCGAUAAAAUUAAUAACGAUAAUACGAAUACAAAAAAUCGGUACACAGCCGCACAUUAUGAAAAAUUAAACGCCGAUUUAACAGUUGAUUAUUUUUUGAAAAGUUUAGCACAACAUACGUUAGAGAAUAAUUUCAAAAUCGAAACAAUUAAUGAAUUUGAUCCAGAAUAUUCGAAGAAUAAUGAUAAAGAAUUACCGUGUUUUUUUAAAACAAUACCAGUUCGUAGUCGUAACGAAGAUGGCCGAUUCCAGAUUAGUGAUAUACAUGAAAGUGGUUAUAUUGAGCUAGUCAAAAAUGACGAUGAUCAUAAUAGUGAUAUAUUCGAUGAACGUUUCGAUGUACGAUUAAAACGUUCUCAUUCAACCGGUGAUUUAAUUAUACGUAAAUCAAGGCGUGACCGUCGUAUACGAUUAGGCUUAGGUGGAACCGUUGUACAUAAUGAAGAUUCCAAGUAUCAUUUAGAUUCCGAUCAUAGUUCUAAUCAUGAUGAAAAAUGUGAAGAAAUCGCUAGAAAAAUAUUGAAUUUACCAUCAUCAGCAAUAGUAGGUGCCAAACAAUUUUUAUUACUUCAACACCAAACUGGAGGUAUUAGUGGUCCAAGUUUAACAAGUGAAUCCACAUCGUCAUUUAAUGAUAACAGUAGUACGUUAUUUUACCAAGGUCAAUCGUCAUUGGAGGAAAAUACUACAUCAGAAUCGUUGAACGCCGAGGAUCAACAACCUAUCGAAAAUGUCAAUAAAAAACAACAAAUUCAACGACAGAAUUCAUUUGAUCAAGAAAUGUCUACACCAGAUGAUCAUGAGGAUAACACACCUCGUCCUGUAGAGCCAUUGAAACCAUUAGACACGAAUACUUUUCAAUUACGUAAUUACAAAAAAUCACCUAAAUUACUAAGAUCAUCCCAUUAUGUGGAGCAACAAACAUCUGCAUCAUCACCCAAAAAAUCCAAAAAACAUGACCAUCAUAGCUUAUUUGGUAAAAAGAGUCAUUCAAAGUCGGAAAAAGAAAUUCCAACAGCAGAUAUGGUUGGAUCAUCAUUUAUCAUACAAACAGAAAUACCUGAUAUUGUGCCAACAUCUAAAAUGAACCCAUUAGCAUGUUUAAAAGCAAAAUUAUGCUCUGCACAUUUACCAAAAACCAAUUAUUUAUCGAAAUUAGCUGUAAAUAAGUUUAGUGAUAAUGAUUUAUUUAAACAACGACAACCGCAUGGUUCACCAUCACAACCGUCAUCAUCCUCAUCAUCAUCUAGUCGUAAUAAAUCGGAAAAAUCAUUUAAAAUAGGGAAAUCUUCACAUAACAAUACAACACAAACCGCAACCACAACUAAUACACAACAACCGGAAAUGAUUGAACAUAAACAACAAAAAGUAUUAGAAACCGAUAGUUCGAAUGAAUAUGAAUCUGAAACGGGAAUACCAAAAUCACCAACUUUAUACAUUAGUGGUGUCUCAAUAUCACGUACACCAGAGCCAAAAAAUGCUAAUAAUAACACAAAUAACAAUGUGGGGAAACAGUCACGGUCAUCAAGUUUGACAGUUCCUACUGUUAUAAACAUAACCUCACAAACAAUUGACACAACAUCAAAUCAAAGUUUAAAUUUACCCGGAUCACCAGAAUUAUAUACACCCAGUUUAGCAUUAUCACGUACACCACAAACAUCGUACACAAAUAUACCACGAGCAUCACCAAGUCCAUCAAAAACUGUAAAUUUAUUAGGUAAAGAAAAUUAUCAUCCAAUGAAUUUAUGUUCACGUUCUACGGAGGCAACACCUUGCAAAUCGAAUGAUAAUACUGUGAUAGUUGCUGCCGUACAGCAACGGGUACGAUCAAAUAGUAGUGUUUUACCAAAAGAUUUAUCAAGUGUGGUUAUAUCGCCUGGUAUGAAAUCGAAAUCCGCUAAUGAACCAGAACGUGAACGUGAAAUGUUUCGUUUUCCAAAAUCAUCUACGGAUGGCGCUUUAAGUUCGGUGUUACAUGUUCAAGAAUCGAAUUUAAGUUCAGAUGAUUUUCAUGAAGCAUUAUUCUUAUUAGAACGAUCACCUAAAACACGUGACUCAAAACGUCGUAAGCGUUCCAAGAAAAAAGAAAAGGAUAUUAUUAAUAAAGAGGAAGCAAGUUCUGCUUUAUAAAAACGCAUUUUUCUAUUAAACAAGAAAUACCCUUGAAGUUUAUAA